UCUGGCCCUCUUCUUACACCUUCUGUUACCCACCAAACACAAUCACCUCCUACACUUGUCAACCAAAACCCCAUAUGAAUCUUUGACUUGUUGCCAUCAUCAAUUUCCAAUUUCCUUUCCAACCCACCAAAAUUCUCAUUCAUAUCUCAUCUGGGAAUCUCUUAUUUUCUCAUAAAAUUCAAUAUUGUGCAAAAAGCUCCCAUCUUUAUCUUUCCAUACAUAGAAUCUUGUUCUUUUUUUUAAUUCUUUAGUCCAUCUUUGUCUGUUCUGAGCCAUGGUUGGAGGUUUAUGUGUUGUGGGUUCACCAAUUGUUGAUUCACAUACUUCACCAUGUUUGUGUGUUGAUGGACUAACAUCAACAAUUCAUAUGAAUCAUCACACAACAAGUAAUGGAGAUUUGAAUUUGCAAAAGAAAUUGGUUAGUAAAAAACUUUGUUCUUCUUUCUUGGAUUCUAGGCUUCCAACAAAAGCAAUUGCUUCCAAGAAACAGAAAAAAGCUAAGGGCUUUGUGAUUGUUAAUAGCCUUGGUGGACAGUAUGAAGAAAGUUUUCAUGAUGUUGAAACUCAAAUAUUCAAUCUUUUUACCUACAAAGCAGUGAGGACUCUUAUGAACCAACUUUAUGAGAUGAACCCAACAGAAUAUCGAUGGUUUUAUGAUUUUGUAGCAACAAACAAGCCUACUGAGGGAAAACGCUUUCUUCGCACCCUCCAAAAGGAAAAACAUGAGCUUGCAGAAAGAGUAAUGGUGACGCGCCUUCACCUCUAUGGAAAAUGGGUGAAGAAUUUGGAUCAUGCGGAAAUGUAUAAAGAUCUCUCAGAUCAGAACCUGGAGUUGAUGCGUGAACGCCUCAUGGAAACUGUGAUAUGGCCCUCAGAUGAUACAAAUACAGAGAAGAUUGGUUGAAGAGUUCCAUAAUCCUAGGUUUUGUCAGUGAGAUACGUAUGUAUAUAUAUCUGCACGUUAUAUAAUUCCUCUCUUCGUAGGUUUAUGGACAGAGAAUCUUAGCUAGUGUUUUGUCAAAAUGCAGCUUGUAAUAUUUUCCAGCAGCAAUAAGGAAAAUCUUUGCUUUGAAUACAACAUGUACAUGUAUUAAAACUUUUAACCAUCUCUUAGCUUCACUUUCAA